GGGUACAAAAGUCAAAAUCCAAAUUCCUAGCUUUUGAAGACAUUAAUCAGUUUUUGGAUUUUCAAUAAAUAAAACGGGUUUCCCCAUUCUUAAAACAAUCGUGUCGCGAAAUCAACACCAAAAAUGUCUCGACGAUUGCUUCAAUUCACUGCAAAAAAUUGCAUUUGGUCGCGUUAUUCGGCUCAGUCAACAAUUGCCAAAAAUAGAAAUAUUUUAAACUCACAAUGGGUUCGGUGUAUGAGUGAGGAUACCAAACGUACGGACGCUAUUGCUGGAACUAUCAAUGAAGUGAAAAGCCAAAUCGUCAAGAAGUUGGGAAUCGAAGUCAAUUAUAGUCCCCUAGUUCGAUCCAGGGAGCAUCUUCUUGCGUACGAACCGAAAACUGUUGCAGAUAUUCCACCCAGGUCUAUGCAAGACAGCUUCACAUCAGCCAUAAUACCGUUAAGCACCGACAAGGUCCUGCAGGAUAAAUAUGUCACAUUUUUGGGUCAUGUGCGGCUAGGCCGUUUAAUGGAAGACAUGGAUCUGUUUGCAGUGUGGGUGAUGCAUCAGCACGUCAAAAUGCCAAAUUUAGACCCAGACAUACCGUUGCCGUAUACAUUCGUUACGAUUCUUGUGGAUAAAAUAUCGUUCACGGACUUGGUCCCGAAGCCCGACUCCGAUAUACGAUUGUCAGGACACGCCAGUUGGGUGGGAAAAUCAUCGGUCGAGGUUGUUGUUUGGUUGGAACAGAAAUUCCAAGGCCAGUGGCGUAAAUUGACCCGUGCGCUGUUUUUAAUGGCAUCACGAAAUGCAACGAAUACCAAAUCGUUAACCGUUAACGAACUGAUACCAGCUACGGAGGAAGAGAAGGCGAUUUACUCUGGAGGAGAAAUACGGAAGAGGAACCGAAUCAUCAGACAAGAGCAAUCACUGUUCAAUCAAGAACCGAAUGACAACGAACAAAAACUAAUUCACGACAUGUUUGUGUCGACGAUCGACAUGAAGAAUGUGACAUUCAACAAGCGAAUUCUGCCGACGGGUGCAGUUUGGAUGGAGGAUGCUACCAUAUCGAACAUAAUAUUCUCACAUCCGGAAGAUCGCAAUGCUCACAACACGGUGUUUGGCGGAUAUCUCAUGAGAAACGCGUUAGAACUCAGUUGGGCAUUGGCCUAUCAGUUCAGCAAAUACCGACCGAAACUGGAACACAUCUCUGACAUUCGAUUCCUGAACAAAGUACAAGUCAGCUCUCUACUGAAAAUGCACGCGCAUGUAAUUUACACCGAAAAGAACUACAUGGAAAUUGUGGUCGCCGCCGAAGUAUUCGAUGCGUCCACCGGCAGUCAUUCCACCACGAACGUUUUCUAUUACACCUACUCGAAUAACGUUCCGGUACCGCAAAUUAUUCCGAAGACUUACCAUGAGGCGAUAUGGUAUCUGGAUGGACGAAGACAUUUCUAUGCUGCGAUGGGUUUGGACGACAGUCGACAGGAUCCUAAAUUUCAGGGUAUAAGACCACCGUCAGGAUCGUAAGAAUGUGUGGUGUUGUGUGCUGUGGGUCGAACAUCGGAUAUAAUUAUUCAAAAUUCGUGGUGGUUUUGCUGGUUUAAAGGAAAGGACAUCCAAUUGGGAUCUGAUGUAACAGAGUGGUUGUUUCGGGCAAUAUAGUUUUUAAGGAGCUUAAAGUAGAGUUCAGUUACAGGGCCUAUCGUUGGGAAUUUAUUUCCUUAAAAUUCGUUAAAUUCUUGAAAAUUAGGAAUUUUAAGGAGUUUUCAGGAAUUAAUCUGGUAAAAAUAGGCCCUGGUUCACUGAUGUUAUAGUAUACCGUGCCAAAUGGGAACUCAAUUUCUUGGCUUGAUAGAAAUUUCUCGAUGCAGAUUUGGACCACAAACAGUAGAGCUAUGAGUACAGAGCACACCUAAAUGUGCCCCCAUCAUAACUUGUUUCAGCUACAGUCAAACAAAUAAUUGAGAUGGCUAUGCGAUCGAGUGUUCUGAGUUCAAACAACCACUCCAUAAUCUUACAUUAGUCGAGUAAAUUAUGAAAUUUUCGAGAAAUUCUUUAAUCCGGUAUCCCUCUGUAUAUCGGGGCCUAUUUUUCAGGGAAUUAAUCUCCGGAAAAUUCCCUAAAUGUUCUGUCACGUUUUAUCAUUAGAUCAACGAGUCUCCGCUGUUUUUAUGACCAUUUAAGUUGUUUUUGAGGAAGAUCGAUUACAUUCGGAUGGUAUUUAAAGAAAGCCAGUAUGGGAGGUGCGGGAAAAGUAAGAAAAUAAGUAGUUUUGAUUGCUUUCUCGCCAAUAGCUACUGUUGUACAAACCCGAUUUUCUUAAAAUUUAGAUAAUUGAAUCUGCCUGUUUUUCAAAAGUUUAUCAAGCUCCGGAUGUUUUCGUUCACGCGAUACAUAAAAUUAAAGGAAUUGACGAUACGAAGCAAAAUAUUAAAUUUUUAUGAAGAUCGGGUUUGUUGUACAAUAGUUGCUAUUGGCGAGAAAACAAACAAAACUGCUUAUUUUCCUACUUUUCCUGUUUUUCCUGUAUUUAUAGUCAGUCUCAUUUGUAGUCAAUAAAUUUUGUCCAAAACCUUGAGCUACCAACACUUUGUUAGACCAACUGCAACGCUUGAUUUAUUUAUUUAAAUUUUUAUUUUAUUACCCUUUAACCAUUCGGUUCGUGAUUUGUUUAAUUUGUACGAAAAUAUUGCAAAAAUUGCAUAACUCACAGUCUGGUCUACCACAUUGUCUUUUACUUGUUAAAUGUUGUUUUAUUUGCAUUGUAUUUAAAUGGAUAUUAAUAUUUACCUUUUUUAUCGGAAAAAUCUUGAUCACGUGUCGAAUAGCAGGUUUAUUGAUAUUAUCUAUUAGUUUACCACUUUAAUCUUUAUGGAAGUGAUUCUAAUGUACCUUUUCGAUCAUGCUUUUAUUACUUAAAACAUUUUACUUAAUAGCUUUAUUUUAUGAUAGUUUUGUUGAAAUUUACUCUUUUUUAAAUUAUUUUUAUUCGAAAAUUGUUUUAUGGUCGUGCAAUU